AUAGCCCAUCCCAUUCACGGUUGCAACGUUGCUCGCCUCCCUAAGCCCUUAAAUUCAACGUUCUUUCAUUACCCUCAUUCAGCCUUUGCUCUUGUAACCCCCCAUCUGCUAGCAAAAAAAACUUGUCUGUACUACAUACUACGAACUCAAUUCGAACCCCUUUCACGAUGAUGAACGCUUUCAAGACUCUUGUUUCUCUUGCUUUCCUUGUUUCUACGCAUAUCGCGCUCGUUCAAGCCGCUAUCUAUGUGACUGACCCUGUACAAUCAACCGUUUGUUCAGGUGGCCAGGGCUGCCAGGUAGAGUGGGUCGACGAUGGUCAGAGCCCCCUCCUGGACUCCAUUGGAGAAUGUACUGUUGGCUUGUACAACGGCGAGAUGCUUCUCGCGCAGUCGCUUACAUCCGUCAACGUUGCGACCACGAAUUCCUUCUCGUUCACUCCUAACCCAUCUGCCGGCGCCAACGGCGCAUACUACCUGGUAUUCACUUCAAACGGCAUCACCUACCAGGGCUGGUCUGGUACUUUCACCCUCAACGGUAUGACGGGCACCACCGGUGGAAGUUCUGGCUCAGCUACAUCCGGAACUUCAACCACUGUAGUCACUUCAACUUCUGUAUUGAGUUCUGGUAGCCCCACCUCUACUAUCACUGACACUAGUACUACCGCUACCACACUCACUACGCCCACCUCCUCUGGCACACUCACCAGCAGCACUGCCACCGCUCCCACUUCUGUCACGACCACCCACACUACCACUACCUCAAGCGCGACGACCACCCCAUCAUCCGGUGCUGUCAUCCGUGCCGGUGCCUCAAACUCGCUGGCUGGUGGUCUUAUUCUCGCCUUAGCUGGUGCUAUUGUAUUCUAGGUUGUUGGUGGUUUAGAGUGUUGGGUCUGCGAUACCUUUAAUUUUCUCUUUGAAUACCCUCGCAGAGACAUUGCAGAGACUUUUUGAUUGCGAUACCGAGCGUUUUCCUCGUAUUAUUUUUGUUGUAGACUUACCAGUUGAUUAUGUAAUCAACUGGCUGAGAUCAUCAUUAUCGUUGUCAGAUUCAGUUGAUGCCCCCUCAGUAUCCCAUCUUCCAGCGGCCAUCACAAUGUCGAAAAGAUCAUUUGUUUCAGACUCAGACUCAGCACGAGGUUUCCAUCUUCAGGCGCGUCCGCAGGCAUCCUGAAUGUCCGCCCAACACCCACAUCUGCAAAACCACUGAAAUGAGCGCUUACGACUUCAGUAGCGCACUCAUGCGAUUAGUGGAGAUGCUGAACAUAUAACCAAAAAUGUGUGCUUACGAACGCAAACCUGAACUAAACCAAAAGCGAACUGCUCAAAAGCACUUCGAGA